AUGCAGACGGAAGCUGAGAAAGUGAAAUUGGCCGUGCAGGAGCGAAGCGAGGCGCUGAAACGAGGGGUGGAAUUCUUACAGCGGGAUAUGGAAACGCAGGAAGAGGCAGUGAAGCGAGGGGUGGUGUCGUUGCUAUGGGAUGUGGAAGCACAGAACGAUGCUCUAAAACGAGGGCUGGUGUCUCUACAGCGGGACGUGGAAGCGAUGAAUGAGAAACUGAAACGAGGGGUAAUCUCGUUACAGCGGGAUGUGGGAGUACAGAACGAGGCACUGAAGCGAGGGCUGGUGUCGCUGCAGCAAGAUUUGGACGCACAAAACGAGGCAGUGAAACGAGGAAUGGUGGCGUUACAGGGAGAUGUGGAGGUACAGAGCAACAGGCUGAAACGAGGGAUGGUGGCGUUACAACGGGAUGUAGAGGCGAACGUGCUGUCGUUUCAACGAGGAGCUGAGUUCUGGCGGCGUAUAGUGCACCUGUACGGCAGUUACAAGCUCUGUCAGCUCCAGGUGGCAGUGAGCGGCCAAUCAGAGGAGGAGAAAUCUGCCACGUGGCAGAGGCAGCACGAGAGCGGAGCCGAGAUGCUCUAUGCCCUCUGCACCGACAUGAAGGGGUUCUUCCUCAAGGCGGGUCAGUUUCUGGCGAAGCCAGACCUCUCCCCACCAGCGUGGGUGGCUCGCCUCUCUGCCCUCCACGACGCUGCUCCUGCCGACCCGCUACCCCUCGUGCUGCGGACCAUUCAAGAGGAGCUGGGGGGGGUGGGGUGGAGGGAGGUGUGGGAGUGGGUGGAGGAGAAACCGCUGGGGUCUGCUUCGAUUGCUCAAGUGCACAGAGGGAGGCUGAGAGGCGGCAAGGAGGUUGCUAUCAAGGUGCAGCAUGCAGGUGCCGAACCCCUCAUGCUCACAGACCUCGCCAACCUCAAGGCCUUUGCUGCGUUCCUACAGAGCACAGAGCUUAAUCUGGACGUGCUGGGAGCGCUCAAGGAGCUGGAGAAGCAGAUCCGGUACGAGUUUGACUUCCGAAGGGAGGCCGCAGCCAUGGAUAUCAUCCGAGCCUCGCUGGCAGGGCUCGUGACCCAGCGCCUGCUAGUGAUGGACUUAAUCAACGGCUCUCCAAUUGUCAAGAUGGAGGAAGAGAUGCGAGCCAAAGGAGUCAACCCCAACGGCUACCUUGCUACCAGAGCCAAGAGGUCAAUCUUUCGGUCACUCGGGACAGCUUAUGGGCUGAUGAUCUUGCGAGAUGGGCAUUUUCAGGCCGAUCCCCACCCAGGAAACCUCCUCAUCUGCCCUGAUAGAAAGGUUGCUUUGUUGGACUACGGUCAGACUAAGCGCCUCCCAGACUCUCUCCGUCUAAACCUGGCACGAUUAAUGCUAGCAGUGGCUGACAAAGACCUGAUAAGAGUCGGCUCACUGUUCCAAGCCUUGGGCAUCCGAACUACCAGGACGGUUUUCGAAGAUCCCAAGAGCUUUCACCGCAUGUCUUCACUCAUGUUUGACACUGCUAUGUCGGAAGGUGUGACGACAUCAAACCCGUUUGCGAGCGAAUCGACCCUGAAGAGAAAUGGAAUUGAGAAAUUCCCUGAAGAUCUGUUCUUUGUGGUGCGCACCAUGCAGCUGCUAAGAGGGCUUGCGAUGGGCAUGGGGCUGAACGAGUCUCUUGCCGAGCAAUGGCGGCCGAUAGCACAACAAGCGCUCAAGGAAGCCGGUGGAACUUGA